UAUUUUUUUUCUUUAACAUCUCGAAAAACCUCUCCUAUAAAAUCCCUACACACCCAUCUCAAUAUCUCAUCAUAAUAUAACAGAAACUAUUCAAAGAAACAACCUUAUUAGUGCUGAAAACACAAGCAUUUUCUUCAAGUAUCUAAGCAAACAUGGCUAAGUCCAUGAACUACUUAAUUGUUCUUACUCUCCUAGCACUUCUCCCUCUAUGUUUCUCUUACAAAACACAGAGUGGAUAUUAUCUUUACCCUCAAUUUUACGACCACUCGUGCCCACAAGUGCAACAAAUCGUCAAGUCUGUUGUUGCGCAGGCGGUUUCUAGGGAUCGAAGAAUGGCUGCUUCCUUGCUUAGGCUCCACUUCCAUGACUGCUUUGUUAAGGGAUGUGAUGCCUCAUUGUUGCUAGACAACAGUGGAAGCAUAGUCUCGGAGAAGGGUUCCAACACUAACAGGAACUCAGCUCGAGGGUUCGAGGUCAUCGAUGAGAUCAAGGCAGCAGUAGAGAAAGCAUGCCCCCAUACUGUUUCUUGUGCUGAUAUCCUAGCUUUAGCUGCCAGAGAUUCAACUGUUAUUGCUGGUGGACCGAACUGGGAAGUACCCGUAGGAAGAAGGGAUGCUAGAGGAGCAAGUUUGAACGGAUCAAACAACGACAUUCCUGCUCCUAACAACACAUUUAACACCAUACUUACCAAGUUUAAACGUCAAGGCCUUGAUCUUGUUGACCUUGUUGCUCUCUCAGGUGCUCACACAAUCGGUAACUCAAGGUGUGUUAGUUUCAGACAAAGACUCUACAACCAGAACAGGAACGGGCAACCAGACUUCACCCUAGACCAAGCAUAUGCUUCAAAGUUGCGCAACCAGUGUCCGCGAUCUGGUGGUGAUCAAAACUUGUUCUUCUUAGACUAUGUGUCACCCUUCAACUUUGAUAACAGCUACUACAAGAACAUCUUAUCUUACAAGGGACUGUUGAACUCUGACCAAGUUUUAUUAACCAAAAAUCAUGCAUCAAUGCAACUAGUGAAGCAAUAUGCUGAGAAUAUGGAGCUCUUCUUUGAUCAUUUUGCUAAGUCCAUGGUUAAUAUGGGUAACAUCUCUCCAUUGACAGGGGAAAGAGGUGAGAUCAGGCAAAACUGCAGAAGGAUUAAUAACUACUAAUAAGAACCUUUUUAUUUUCUGUAUUUUGUGGCUUCAUGUAAUUUUUUUUCUUCUUUUCUCAUUACUUAAGAAAUUUCAUAUAUUGAGUGUUUAAAGCUGCCUAUGGCAAGAUUUGAGAGAUAUUUAUAUAUCAGAUUUUCCAGGUGAAAUAAAGUACUACUUCAUUGCUAAA